ACUGGGUGGGUGUCUGUGCGCGGCAGGAGACCUCGCGAACGGAGGCGCGAAGCGGACGGGAUGAGAAGGCGAAAUUCGGCAAUCGAUCACGAGCGAUAACUUAAAGGUUCAGUGAGUUGUUUAACGAUUGUCGUAGUCGUGAUUAUUGUUGUUGUUGUUAUUAAUAGCUGCCUUGUAGGUAAACAGGGAGGUGUGGGGGUGGGUUGGUUGGGCAACACUUGCGGCCUGAGUUUGCCAGACCAUCAUGAACGGCCUCUCGCUCAGCGAACUCUGCUGCCUCUUCUGCUGCCCGCCGUGCCCGAGUCGCAUCGCGGCCAAACUCGCCUUCCUUCCGCCGGAGCCUACCUACGCGCUCAUGGCAGACGAGACUGCUGCCCGCUGGUCCCUGCACCUCACCGAGAAGGCCGAGUGGCAGUACUCACAGCGAGAACUCGACGCCGUGGAGGUCUCCCUGACGCGCUCAACACGUGGAAACCGCGUGGCGUGCAUGUUCGUGCGUUGCGCGCCCAGUGCACGCUACACGUUGCUUUUCUCGCACGGAAACGCCGUGGAUCUGGGCCAGAUGAGCAGCUUCUACGUGGGCCUCGGCACGCGAAUCAACUGCAACGUCUUCUCGUACGACUACUCGGGCUACGGGGCGAGCACGGGGAGGCCCUCCGAGAAGAAUCUCUACGCCGACAUCGAGGCGGCGUGGCAGGCGUUGCGUACAAGGUACGGCAUCAGCCCGGAGAACGUGAUCCUGUACGGGCAGAGCAUCGGCACGGUGCCCACGGUGGACCUGGCGUCGCGCUACGAGUGCGCCGCCGUUGUGCUCCACUCGCCGCUCAUGUCGGGCAUGCGUGUCGCCUUCCCCGACACCAAGAAGACGCACUGCUUCGACGUAUUCCCCAGCAUUGACAAGAUGUCGAAGGUGACGUCGCCGGUGCUGGUGAUCCACGGCACGGAGGACGAGGUGAUCGACUUCUCGCACGGCCUGGCCAUGUACGAGCGCUGCCAGCGCCCCGUCGAGCCGCUCUGGGUGGAGGGCGCCGGCCACAACGACGUGGAGCUCUACGGACAGUACCUGGAGCGCCUGCGGUACUUCGUGUCCAGCGAAAUCACCGGCGCCUAGCCGCUCCCCUCCUGCCGCCGGAGCCGUGGGCCCUGAUGCCAGUUGGCGGUUGGAAGAGCGCCGGCUGGCAGAGAGAGAGAUGGAUGUGUUUUUUUUCUUUUGUUUUAUUUCUUUCCCCUUCUUUCCCUUCUCUCCUCUCCUCGCUGGUGCAUCCGAUCUCCCCUCUCUGGGGCUCAUUCUGAGCCAGCCCGGCGUGACGUCGGGAAGAGCCAGGUUUCUUUUUUACACUGCGGAAGCCGAGCCGUGCCACUGAGAUAAUAAGACCAGAUGAGUGAAAGCCGUGUCACCGAACUGACGUCGCACGCGGCGGAAGCAUCGUCGGCUCCCCCCCCCCCCCCGGCCCUGCUGGGCCCCGAGCUAGAUUCACACUUCUUGUCGCGAGGCCAGCAGCGUGGCACGGUUUUGAUUCUGGCUCUGCUCGGCCCAAAGGCUUUGAGAAAACAUUUCCGUACUGUGAGAGGCCCACCCUGGCACGGCUUUGAUUUGGCAAUGGAAAAAGGGUGACUGAGAGAGAGAGAGAGCGAGACCGAGAGACGGAAGGGAUAAAACUCUUGAGCAAUUUGUUUUAUGUAGUCGGACCCAGGCUCUUCGGUUUUAUUAGUACCGUUUGUUAUUAUUAUUACUGUCAUAAAUACCUGUGGAAAGACUGGCCUCGGCAAUGGUAACGUGGAAUGUCCACGUGACCGAGCGCUGCCCCGUGCCCGUAUGAGUGGGGAGACCCUUGCACUCAUCGGCCGUUAUCAUCAAGUACUGCAUCUGUGAAUUUUUAUUUUUCGAGGCGUGGGCGUUACGUCAUCGUUCCGUGUGGUCAUCAACGCACAGUUGCUCGGGGGGGGAGGUCGACUGGGCCAGUUGUCUUCUCGUGCUGUUCGAUAACACGGUCGUCCUGUUCAGGCACUGGCCCUCGGCAUAGGAAUGUAGAAUUUCCACUCUCUCUUCGCGGGCAGGCGGGCGGGCAAGCGAAGCUUAGGGUUUCGGCACCGCGAGACUGCGUGCGUGUGCCCCUCCGCCCCUUGUGUGCGUGCGUGGAUUCUGCGGCGAGCUUCGAUGGCGUCUUGGGCUUCGGCAGAGACGCCGCCACUCGGCGUCGAGCGGCGCGUUCAUCGUUGAGAUUCCUCGACACGCAGCAACAACAACAACAAUGGGGUGGCGAGGGCGAUAAAAUCCCCGGUUUAAUCGAUGGCCGUAGUAUCUAACCGUUUCCCGUUGCCCUCCCCCCCCCACCCGCACUCCUCUCCACCUGACCGCGAGAAACGAAACCGUGCGUGCGUGCGUGCCUUGCGCGGGACCGGGAGGCGUUUGAAUUUUAAAAGCGGUCACGACUUGUCAAUACGGUUCGUUGGGAACGGGUAAACGCGUCCUUUGUCAUCGUCGGGAUUCCAACGGUGAGGCACGGCCGACGAUGAGUGCCAGCAGAGCAUCCCGUUGCCGGCUGACGACACUAACACGGGUGUUCUUGAAUAGUCUCGUGCGGAUGCAAACGUAUAUAUUUUGUGUGUGUGUGUAGGUGGAGAUUUGAGUCUUGUGGCUGUUUUUGAAGCUUUGCUUUGUAAGAUGAGGCCGCGUUGCUGGAUUAUUUACGAGGCGGGACACGGGAGCCCACAAUGGGGGAUUGAGCGUUGGCUCUCGGUUUGGGGUGGGCAGACCGCGUGCGUGGCGAUGCUGUUGUACAUUUUCGUUGAGAUGGCCCCCAUAAGGAUGGUGGGAGGGGGGUGUUGGUGACGACAGGGUGAUUAACGCAUGGCUGGAAGGAUGAUGGUAAUCUUGAAAUUAUUUGUUGCGUGUUUGUUUGAAUUUGAUUCUGGUGUGCGUGGUGCUGUUUUUGAUUUUCACACCCAGUAUGUAUUUGCACGGACAACACAAGCCCAACAACAACAGCAGCAGCAGCAGCCGCCACCCGCCACCAAGUGGCGGUGACGUCACCACAGCACACGCGCGCUCACACACGCACACAAAUGUACUUGCAUGCAACAGGCUUUUGUCUUGCAUGUGACGUUACGUAACAAUCACGUGCAACGAGACAAUUGAGACAAUGCGCAUUUUGAGGGUUUUUCAUUUUUACAGCGUUGGAAUUCCAAAGAUAUAUUUUUUUGUUUUAGAAGCCGAUCCAGAGUGACCCCUCGGCCGCAAUGGCGUCGGCGCGGCCCCGCCGCUCGUUUGUGGCGGAAGAUUCACGGUUUCGAGUCGCGCAGCCGCGCCCCCCGGUUAAAACCGCGUCGAAAUAUACUCGGCGCCGUUUGCUUCGCAGCAGACCAUACAGGGCCCCCCCCCCCCCACCUCGUUGCGGCGUUUGAAAAAGAUUCGCCCAUUGCGCGUCAGAGGUCGCAAACGGGUUUUGAUUCCUUACCCGUACCCGGUCGCACCAGGGUCGGAAACGUGUACCCGUACCCGGCCGUACCCGUUCUCUACCCGUACCCGGCCGUACGUGUAUCGGGUACCUGAUUGCGACCUCUGGGAUGAAGCCAUGUUGCAGGCGCGGGUGGGUUGAUUCUAGGAACUUGAAUUGUGAGAAGAGACAAGACGUUGGGAAAUGAGUGACAAACGGUUACUCACCAGUGACUCACGGUCUAUCUGUACCCGUACCCGGCCGCACCAGGGUCGCAAACGGGUACCCGUACCCGGCUGGGUACGGGUAGCCGGGUAUCGGGUAGGGGGUACGGGUAUCGGGUACCCGGUUGCGACCUCUGUUGCGCACGUCUCGCACUCCAAAUAAUGUAGCAAUUUAACUCCUCGCUUUGGCAACAAAUGAGCGGCGACAUCGCCACCGACUGAAACUUAGCAGGACAUCUCCGGAACCGGGACUCGGCGUGUGGAUUUCCUGCGUGGAUACUUGGCGGGUCAAUCAAGUGUGAAUGUAAUUGCGUGUAGAUUCCUGGGGGGGAGGGCGCAAAUGUUUUUUUGGAGCUAACGUGUUCCCUGGCGCCACGGCAUUCCGUUUGCGGAGUGCUGGCGGACUUUUAAAAGAGGGCGUUUUCGGACACCGCUCACAUCGGCUGAAUUAUACUGCUACGUAAUUUUUAGUCAAUUGAUAAAACACCUGGUGCUAUGUCUGCAUCAGCAUUACUUCGAGCGAACGGUUUUUAAUAAUGAGCAGCACCAACGUUUCUUAACCACACCUGGGGAAAAGUAAUUGGUGAAAUUUUACAAAUUACUUGGAUAGAACGCACAUUUAUAUAGUGAUUUGUACGAUCGUUUGACAAAACGGUUUUCUUUUUGCAUCUCGGACAUAUAAUUUUAAAACUUGACGUGUAAGCCUCCUUAUGGCAACUCGUUUAGUCUUAACGAGCUACGUUGUUUUAGUAAACGUAGGAAAUUCGAUAGGACAGAAAUAUUGUCCGGAAAAAAAUGUAUCGUGCUCACGAGAAGAAUAUAAUCUUGCGCACUUGAUUAUUUGUUUGUAUAAAUGCAUUUCAGAAUCGGUGAUCACGGGUGCACUCAAAGUAAGCUACACGUGACGCGGAUGCGUUUCUGUCCAAUCGCAGACGGUUCCAAUCGGGAACACGACUAACGCCACCAUCGCACGGCUUCUCCCCGUUGAGGAUGAACAAUUUUGAUUAGACUUUGGUGAUCGACUUUCGACUUGCACAGAUGCAUUUUCGUUUUGAAUUCUCCUACUUUUUUUUAUGGAUUCCCAGUGACGGUUUCUCUCAAACUGAGCGACGGUGGCAACUAGUUCUGCGCCGCUCUAGGCGGUUGAAGCUCUCGUCACAGAUCGUCGUCAAGUAUAAAUGGGCAUUCCUCUUACUGUGGGGCGCAGAAGCCGAAUUCGUUUGCAGGGUUUAUCCGUGACGCGCCGAGGUGAAAGGAUUUCGUGAAAUGUUACGUAGGAUUUAGCGCGAAUCUAUUUCUCUCGCAGCACAGUCGCGUCUCGAGCCAGAACUGUAGAAGCUCUUCCUCACUCGCGGACGAACCCAUUUCUUUUCGACCCUCCCUCGAUCUGAGGCCUGGCCGCGAGAUGGGGUCAUCCGGCGGCCACAGGGCUCUGUCUUGGGCAGAUCUUGCGGGAUGCCCCACGCUGAGGGAUGCCAGCAUCACACCCGGCCGCCUUUGUCUCCCCAGUGGCGAUGUUCACAUCGCCCCAGGCAACUCAUUUGAGGAUGAUUCGACCUAGGGGAGGCCCAGGCCCGGUUCAGAUAAUUGUCACCGGUGUUGGUGGCCAUGAGCGGGAAUGGAACUCUGGUCGCCGGGUUCCUCGCGCAGCGCCCUAACCGUUGCGCCACCGCUCCCCACACACGUGCGCCUCGACACGCACACCUCGAUGCUAGAUUUGAAGCUUUCGUGACUGCAAGGAUUCAUAUUCUUGGGUUUUUUCGGUAAAAAAACACAAGAAUACGGCACACCUUGGUUGCUUCUGUCACUGCAAAGGGCCAUUCCUUGCGGUGACAGAGGUGACUCGAGCGUGCGCGCUAAAUUAUCCAGAGAAAAUAUCACCCCCCCCCCUCUCCUCCGCGUCUGUGGAUGCUCCCAUCGACGGCGGAUAGAAAUGUCGUUUGGCGGCUUGGUGAAAUCGUGGUGCCGGGAUAAAUGACGUCCGGGCUCGCCAAGCGGGGCCCGCCAGCCGCCAAGCGAGGUGUACCUCCUCCGUCCUCUGCUCGCGAAUUCGAAACCGUCCAGACUGACGUCGCACCGCAGUGUGUGUGCGCCUGCUUGCGUGUGUGUUUGUUUGUGACCCCCCCCCCCCCCCUUGCAUCGACGACUACUACUACUGCUACACACAGCAACAACUGCCGUUGGCCACUAAAAGUGGCGGUGACAUCACCACGGCGCUUGUGCCUGGCUAGGUGCACACGCACGCACACACACGCACACACACCAAACAGUCUCACCAAAUAACAAAAGCAACAUUAUAUUUUAAAACUGAUGUCAUAUUUUUGUACAAAAAAAAAUGUAGUUGCUGAUUAAAUGUUGCGCAGAACAAUGCCUGCGAAAUUA